CCAGCGGCCGGCGACGGCGACAGCCGCUGGGAGAAGGGGCGGACUUCCGGGGCCGCCCCGACCGCGGAGAGCUGCUGUCAUGGCGGCCGCGCCGUGGGGCAUCUUUCCGGUCCUGCUGCUGCUGCUGCUGCUAGCAGGGGAUGCCCAGAGCUCAGAGGUGCCCGGGUCCGCAGUCGAGGGGUCGGGAGGGAGCGGGGUCAGCAUUGGAGAUCGCUUCAAGAUCGAAGGGCGUGCGGUUGUCCCAGGGGUGAAGCCCCAGGACUGGAUCUCGGCGGCCCGAGUGCUGGUGGACGGAGAAGAGCACGUCGGCUUCCUUAAGACAGAUGGGAGUUUUGUGGUUCAUGAUAUACCUUCUGGAUCUUAUGUAGUGGAAGUUAUAUCUCCAGCUUACAGGUUUGAUCCUGUCCGAGUGGAUAUCACUUCAAAAGGAAAAAUGAGAGCAAGAUAUGUGAAUUAUAUCAAAACAUCAGAAGUGGUCAGACUGCCCUAUCCUCUCCAAAUGAAAUCUUCAGGCCCUCCUUCUUACUUUAUUAAAAGAGAAUCAUGGGGCUGGACAGACUUCCUGAUGAAUCCAAUGGUUAUGAUGAUGGUCCUUCCGUUACUGAUAUUUGUGCUUCUGCCCAAAGUGGUCAACACAAGUGAUCCUGACAUGAGACGGGAGAUGGAGCAGUCAAUGAAUAUGCUUAACUCCAACCAUGAGUUGCCUGAUGUUUCUGAGUUCAUGACAAGACUCUUCUCUUCCAAGUCAUCCGGCAAGUCCAGCAGUGGCAGUAGUAAAACCGGCAAAAGCGGGGCUGGCAAAAGGAGGUAGUCGGGUGAUCCAGAGGUGGCAUUUGCACAAACAGCAACACUGGGUGAUGCCCACGUCUUGAGGAAAAUCGUGUGAAGCAACUACUGUAAACUCGAGUCAUCCUUAAAGUUGAUCUCUUAUUAACUGUUGUGUGUGGUAACGCUUUAGCACAUGUUUUGUACUUGGUGCACAAGAAAACCCAGCUCUCAUCCUUUGUCUGUAUGAGGUCAAUAUUGAUGUCACUGAAUUAAUUACAGUGUCCUAUAGAAAAUGACAUUAAUAAAUUAUAUGAAGUACUAUACAUUAUGUAUAUUAAAAUAAGUCUUAAUUCAGAGAU